UGUCUUUAGUAGCAUUGCUGUGUAUGUGUAAGGGACAGCAGAAUCAUGGAGGGAACAUGGAUUAUUCUCUGCUGCAGAGGCAUGAUGGGUAGAUAGAUAGGCCCACACACCCAGAUGAUGUUAGCUGGAGGUAUGAGUUAGCGGAGAUGGAUGUUGUAGGCAGGCUACGACACAAGAGCCUCGUGUCUUGCUGUCCACGCUGUGGUAAAUAUGGACCAGCCUACUCCACCAUACGGAUCUCCACCGCUGAGAUGGAGUCUUAUUACCACUUUGUUGGGGUGUGUCAGGAGACUGAGUCAACCACACUAAGAAAUGAGAUCAUGCAGCAGGAGAUCCGGCCGCUGCUGGCUGUGGACAUCAUAGAGCAGCUUCACCGCCAGUUCGCAUUACUCUCAGGAGGGCGAGGGAAAGAAGGCGCCCCCAUCAUCAUUUUCCCAGAGUACUCGAGCUUCAGUGAAGUGCCAGAGGAAGACUUCCUCAAUGUCGUUACCUACUUGACCAGCAUACCCAGCAUGGAUGCUGCCAGUAUCGGCUUCAUUGUUGUCAUCGACCGGCGGAAGGACAAAUGGAGCUCAGUGAAGGCCUCUCUGUCCAGGAUCGCAGGGGCGUUUCCUGGAAACCUGCAACUGGUGUUGGUGCUGAGGCCAUCCAGGUUCUUCCACAGGGCCAUAUCAGACAUCGGGCUCAAGAUGCACAAAGACGAAUUCAAAAUGAAGGUACCGAUCGUGAUGCUGAACUCAUUGUCAGACCUGCACAGCUAUGUGGAUAAAGGCCAGCUGACGCGGGAGCUCGGAGGAAGCCUGGAGUACUGUCACAGUCAGUGGAUACACCACCGCACUGCUGUCGAGAACUUUGCCAUGACAGUGAAAACUACAGCCCAGAUUUUGCAGAAGUUUGGGUCAGUCCUGGCAGAGACGGAGCUGCCCAAUGACGUCCUAUGCACCAAAGACCUGCUAACAGCACACACCGACCAACACACCAACCUCAAGGAUGAACUGAAGCUAGCUUUGAAGCAGGGCACCACCUUGUUAGGGUGUAUCAAGGAACAGGCUGCUAAGUCAGAGAACCACCAACUGAACCCAGAUGAGAUGGAGAACCAAACCACUGUGGAAAGGCUCCUAGCGCAGCUGGAUGAGACGGAGAAUGCGUUUGAACAGUUCUGGACUAAACACCAUCUGAAACUGGAGCAGUGCCUGCAGCUACGCCACUUUGAACAGGACUUCAGAGAGGUCAAAGUGUCUCUAGACAGUCUGACGGAAAGUCUAACCGGCCUAUCCGAUAUCGGGGAUUGUGUGGCCAGAGUUGAAUAUCUGCUUAAAGAACUGAAGACACUGGAGGAGAAGGCCCUGCCCACGCUAGAGAAGGCCCAGCUCCACGCCCUGCACGGUGACCAGCUGAUCCAGAGCAACCACUACGCUGUUGACUCCAUCCGACCCAAGUGUGUGGAGCUCCGGCAGGUCUGUGACGACUUCAGCAACGAGUCCAAGAAAAAGACGGAUGUCCUGUCCAAAUCCCUGCAGAUACACAUGGGCAUUGAUAAGGUUAACCAGUGGUGUGAGUCUGGCAUCUACCUGCUGGCCUCCCUGGCUGUGGAUAGGUGUCAGUCACAGGAAGGGGCGGAAUCAGCACUGGCGGACAUAGAACGCUUUCUGGAGUCUGAGGAAAAGAACCAACUGACUGAACUGAGGAACCUGCACAACCAGGAUGAGGUCGUCCUGUCUGAGGAUAUCAAGGCCAAUGCCCUGAAGGCACUGAAGCGCCUGGAGGACGUACAAGAGAUGUUCCAGAAACGGCACGUCAGUCUGAAGAGGCUGUCGGCUAAACAGACGAGGCCUGUCCAGCCUGUCGCCCCGCGGCCCGAGUCCUCUCCGAAAAAGCCGUCAAUGAAAACCCCCCCCAGGACCACAGGGGUCCAGCAGCCACUGGCUCGCAGAGCUUCUGAUAACACCAACAGUGGCAAGCCGCCAGCCGAAGAUCCCAAGAAGAAGAACACACGCAAGGCCAAGGGAGGCAUCAAGAUUGAGGUGAUGCACGAGGAAAGCCAAGGAGGCUCCACACAUGUUAUUGUGACCAAUGACACGGAGGAGAGUCUAUCCGACAGACGCAGACACAUCAUGACUGAGCUGAUUGAAACAGAGAGGCUGUAUGUGGAGGAGCUGCAAAGCAUCAUGGAGGGUUAUUUUGCAGAGCUGGAUAACUCCGAGCUCAGCCACCUAAUCCCUCCUACCCUGGAGAACAAAAGGGAUGUGCUGUUUGGCAACCUGCCAGCCAUAUAUGAGUUUCACAACAGGACAUUUCUGGGGGAGCUGGAGAACUGUGCGGAGAAACCAGAGCUGAUGGGGACGUGCUUUCUGAAAAGGAAAGAAGAGCUGCAGGUGUAUGAGAAAUACUGCCAGAAUAAACCCCGCUCUGAAGUCAUCUGGAGACAGUGUGGAGACAGCCUUUUCUUUCAGGAAUGCCAGAAGAAGUUGGACCACAAACUCUCUCUGGAUGCCUACCUGCUGAAGCCUGUCCAGAGGAUCACCAAAUACCAACUCAUGCUCAAGGAGAUGUUGAAAUGCAAUAAAGGCGAGGGGACGGCUGAGCUGGAGGAGGCGCUAACCACCAUCCUGGACAUAAUCAAGUCUGUCAACGACUCCAUGCACCAGAUAGCCAUCACUGGUUUUGAGGGAAACCUGAGUGAACUGGGAAAGCUGCUGAUGCAAGGAUCCUUCAAUGUGUGGACCGACCACAAGAGAGGCCACAGCAAGGUGAAGGACCUGGCCCGGUUUAAGCCGAUGCAGAGGCACCUGUUCCUAUACGACAAGAUGAUGCUGUUCUGUAAGAAGCGAGAAGAGACCACCGACGGACACGACAAGACCCCGUCCUACAGCUUCAAACACUCACUCAAGAUGAGUGCUGUGGGGAUCACAGAAAAUGUGAAAGGCGACAUAAAGAAGUUCGAGGUGUGGUACAACGGCAGAGAAGAGGUUUACAUCAUACAGGCUCCUUCCAUGGAUGUGAAAAACAUGUGGGUGUCGGAGAUUCGUAAAGUUCUUACAGGCCAACUCGAGGCAUGCAGAGAAGCAAGCCAACACAACAUCUCUGGGGCCCCGAUGAGGACUGUCUAUAAGAAGGCGCUGAGACAGUCGGAUUCAUCAAGUCCAGAGUCAGGCUUCAGGAGAUCCAACCCCAGCCCUAACAUGAGGCAGAAGAGAGUUGAUGCUUCAGCCGGCCAAUCAGGCCUCUCUGCUGCUAACGCUAGGAAACGCUUCACCUUGCAGGGGCUUUCAAACAGGAGGUCUCUUCAAGCAGCUCCCGCUGCUAAGGAGGCAGAGGUCACCCGUCGCUUCUCUCUCGCCUCCUCCCUAACUUCCUCUUCCUCCUCCACUUUCGCAGCACGACGCACAAAAGGUCCCCUGUCUGCUAGCAUAAAGAACAAAAGACAUGAGAUAAAGAGUGAUCCCACUCCAUUUGGUUAUGAAGAUACUUUGCGUGGUGCUAUGGCUGCAGUCAGGAAGCGUCAGAGCCUGAUUAGCAGCACUGCUACUGCUGCUAGCGCCACCUCAACUGUCCCUAGAUCCACAUCCCAACCAGGUUGGGCCCAGCGGCGUCACCCUUCCAUGGACACGGACGACUUUGAGACGAUACCCUCCAGUGCCGAGGAAUCUUCGAACUCUUCAGAAGAAGAAGGCAACAAUAAAAAUGGAGACAGCAGUCGUUACCGGGUGCAACUGACCUACCAGUCUCGUGAUGCACAAGAUCUCUCUCUGGGGACGGGGGACCUGGUCCAGUUUCUGGAGGAGGCAGAGAGCGGACACUGGUUAGUGAAGAACCUUUUAACAGAGGAGACAGGACUGGUUCCUUCCAGUAUACUGCAGACAGCAUCUGAAGAUAUCUUCAGUGAUCUGUGUACAGCAGCACUCUCUGACUCGGAUGAAAAUGAAGCUAGUACGUGGGGAGAUGUGUCUCAAGACAGCUGAUCAACCUGGCUGACUUUUGUGUUUCAUUACAGUGGACUACAAACAUUUUUGUUGGAUCACAAAUAUGGAUUUUCAACCACAGUUUUCCUAGUUUUCUACUUAGGUUGUCAUGUUGGACUACAAAUAUGGACCGCUAUUGUUUUUUCAACUGUUUUCAUGUCUGACAAUUUGAAGCUUCUCCGUGAAGCUCCUGGAAAAACUGGAACCUUAACAUGCCAGAAUGCCACAGCGGGGAAAGCCAUAUAAGACUUUAAAUUCUAAGGACUACAAGCUGUCGUCUGUGGAGAUUUAAAACCGGACUGGAUGUGAACAUUGGAUUUACUGGAUUAAUUCAGAAAACGUACUGUAGACAAUGCAACUCCAGAGGGGUUGGGCUGAAUACCUAAACAACUUUGAUAACCUUAGGGAACGUGAUCAAGUCUGUGUGCUGGUUGUGAGCAGACCUUGGCAAGGUGCCUUGUUUAGCUGCUACACUUCGCUGAAGUAAAACUCUUUCAGACCAGGUUCUGCCUCUGCUGCCCUGCUUUAGUCGCUCAACUCUUCAGGUUCAAAUUAUGACACCUUGCAGUAGCUGCAUGCUCCAGAACAACUUUGAUGUUGUCUUUCUUGCCUUUACUCACUCUGGUAGAACCCCAGAUAAUGUCAUUACGUUAAAUCAGAAAAUCCCACUCUGUCCGCUCUUGCACCCUGUAGACUUGCAAAAGAUAUAUCUCCCCUUCAUAUUCGAAGUUGCCCUAGCUAACCCAGUCAUUAUAACAGAAAACCCAUUUACAUACAGCUCCGGAAACAAUUAAGAGACCACUCCACAUUUUUCUUAAAUCUUUAUCUCCAAAUGUACGGCAGCCACUCCAGUGUCUGUUGAAUUCCAACACUGAGAACAAUUGUCAGUAGUUUAUAGAAUACAAUAAUUUAAAAAAUCAUUAAACUCAAAGACAUACCUAUAAAUAAUGAAACAAGAGAAACUGAUAAUGCUGCAGUGGUCUCUUAAUUGUUUCUGAAAGUCAUGUCCCCCUUAUGUUUUGGUAAGAAACCUUUUAUAUGUAUAUCAUACAGGUUAUCAUGCUUGGGGAUGUUAACAUUUUGCACCUUUUUUCCAAGGUCCAAGAUGUGGUUCUCCUAUUUGACUACUUAUUAUGUUUGCUAUAAUGCAUUUACAUGUUCAUAUAGAAAAAAUAACAACAUAUUCAGUAGGUGAGAUAGGAAUAUCACACUAAGUGUCACUUAGGGGCUAACAUCUUUGAUUGGCUUUGAUCGGCUCAUGGCUAGCAAUGUUCAUACACAUAAUACUGUAUUAUCACAGACCAGAUUGAUUGUAUUCUCACUAUAAACUCUUUGAAGAAUCUGGAUACCGGUUGUGUUGCUGAAUUCAGGCAAUAGAGUGGUGCAGAGAUGACAUAUUUUGUGGUUUCCUCGACAAUAAGCAAUGGGAUUUCUCCAUUUGAUUCAGAAGGUUUCAGAAAAUAUGGCAAACAAAUGUUCAAGAUGUUUUUGAAACAUAAUUAAAUCUGCAUUAGUAAAAGCUUAUCUUAGGUUAUAAAUGAACUACAUCAAGGUCGAACGACUUCGUAUCAAGACCACUAAGCUAACGGCGGACUUGUGUUUAGCAUGACAUUGAUUUAGCCAAUUGUUAACAACCCCCGUUUUGUGAAACAGAGAACCUUCAGAUAUUUUCAACUAGGGUAUUAACUGAACAACUUUAUGUUGAAGAACAACACUUUAAAAUGUCUUAAGCUUCUGUUAACCACAGGCUGCAUUUCAGGAAUCUAACCCAAAACCCAGGACGAAACAGGAAGUGCUAAAAUGCUAACUCAUUACCGCCUUUUAGUACUUAUUACUGCACUACUCUAUAGCUCAGCUUUGCAACCCGCAUUAUCAGAUUCAUCAGAGUCCUUUGUAGUCCAAGUUGAAACCAGUGUUUUUGUUACUGAGAUAUUAGCAUUUGUUAGCUAUUUGUAAUCUUCAGGUAAGCUAAGCUGCAAAGUCAAGUCAGGGAACUGGCAAUUUGCAGCAAAUUACUUUUCAGGGAGAUGCCUUUUAUCAGGCAGCACCCGGGCUGUUUCCUACCCACAGCUGUAUAGGAUUCACUUUUCCAGAGAGUAUAAUAGCACUGUACACUGAAGUUUCAUUCAUGGAGAGGGAUGGGAGAGCAUUACAGAUAAUGUAAAUAACUGUCAGUGUGAGUCUGACAUUGCAUCAUUUCGGGCUGAAGAUCCAUUUUCUGUAUGUCUGAUGUAUUGUUGUACACCAUUCUCCCUAAGAGGCUUUCGGCAUUGAUUUGCAUAUCUACUGACAGAUUGAAUUCUAUGGACUAUUAACUGAGAAAUACCAGACAGCAUCACUGUACGUACUCACAGAUAAAUGGCAUGUCCAAGAUAGACUCCGAAAUCCGGAUGAUUUUAUAGUCUACAUAUUCACCUGAUGACUGAAUACAUGUAUUUAACUGGAAUCAGUCUUCAAAAACAACGCCCCAAUGUUGAUAAGCAAUUAAAAAUGAAUACAAAUGAUGCAUGAAUGGAUAGGUAUAUGGAUGGGUGGAUACAUUGAUGCGUUGGUGGAUACAACCCAUCUGUUCAUCCAUGGAUUGAUUGUUAUUUAGAGUGGUGGAUAAAUGGAUGAUGGCUGAAUGAAUGGCCAUAGUUGGAUGGAUGGAUAGAUUGAUGGAUGGAUGAAUGAUUUCAAGGAUGGAUGGAUAUAUUAAUGAAUGGAUGACAUGGAACUGAUAGUAGGCAGGUGGAUGGAAGGAUUAAUUCAAGGAUUGAUGUAUGGAUGGAUGGAUGAUCCAUAUAUUUUGACACCAUAACUUGCUUACCAUCUGUAACAGAAGGGAGACCUCUGUUAAAAUCCUAUACAUGUAACACAAGUGUGAUUGUAAAGAAAUAUACUCCUCUUGAACACGCUGUACAUUUUGUUUAUCCUCAUACUAAAAGAAAAAUAUUGUAACUUUGUAAAGAAAUAUUUCUAUUGUACUGCAUCCUGCUGUAAUUUGUCAUUUAACCAUAUUAUAGAAUGUAUCAAGCCUGUAUAUUGUACAAUCUGUCAUUUUAAUGUACAUAUUGAUUUAUUGUGAUAAUAUGCAUUUUCAUUAUGAACUUUGUCACACUGUACUUCAAUUUUAAACUUGGUCCAUUAUUCCAAACUUAAAAAUACAAAAUAUCACUGAAAUCUUAUAAUUCUCAAGUGUGGUGUUGUUUUAUAGGUAGUGAGCCAACUGUGUGAUAAUUGAGGUAAUAACCGGUCCAUGGACAUUUUGAUUGUAGAGAGUUUUUGCACAAAUCCAAAGCAGUAAAACCCAGAAAAUAACCGGCCCCUGCUUUGUCCUAUUCGCCAGGAGAAAACCACCUCAUCAGAAGGAGAACCACCAUUUUUUUCUCUGGUUCCUUUUUGUAAUCUUGUCAACAUUUUGAAUCUGUUUCAACUGGAGGAUCAGUGCCCUCCUCCUGCUUAGUGACAUAAAGUAAUCCAACACAUUUCCCACCAAAUUUGAAGUGUUGUGAAUUCAGAAAGAACA